CCCCGCCUCGCAACUCAAUUGCCUCAUGCUGCAAAGCCUCAUGCUUUGUCGGCCCGGCCCCCCAGUUAAUCCCAACACCACUGGCCCUGCCUGGCCUCCCUCGAUCUCUGCCCGCUCCCUCUCUAAUCCCUCCUAACCUUAAGCAAAGCAGGGGCAAUCGGCGCCUAGUAGCCAGCGAUGGAUAUAUAGCUCCGUGUGCUACUCACCUUGCAGGGCCUUGGAGGGAGAGAUCUUUGCGUAGAGGUAGGACGAGUGCUUCUUCUCCUCCAUCUUCUUCUUCUUUGGGAAAAAAGCCGGCCGGGAGGGAUUGCGUGCAAAGGAAAGGAGAGCGCGCUCGCUUCGCUCAAAGCUGAGCUGAACUGUGCCACUGCCAGUGGCAGUGCUAGUGGAGUGGACAGGUUUAAUUUUGUGGCCGAAUACUGGCAGUCCCAACUCUGAAGCAAGCAAGCGCGGCAGGCCACCAGCCAGCCAGCCAGCCAGCCAGCCAAUGUAUUCCUGGCACCGGCGCAGCAGCGAGAAUACGCCGCCGUGCAGGCCCAGAAUAAUCCCCCACUGAUGGCUACAGCCGCCAUUGUCCUGUUCCUGCUGCUUCAUGUCGCCCUUCUUGGCAACUGUGAGGCGGCGGCGGCGGCGAACGUGACGUUCCGGCCGGGACACGAGCUCCGGAAGUACAGGCGGGUCCAGGCGCUCCUCAAGAGGCUCAACAAGCCGUCUCUCCGGACGUUUCAGAGCCCCGACGGCGACCUGAUCGACUGCGUGCCGGCGCACCUGCAGCCGGCCUUCGACCACCCGAGGCUGCGCGGCCAGAGGCCACUGGGUCCGCCGGCGCGGCCCAAGGGGCACCGCCGCCGGCCCAAUGACACGGCGGACGCCGGCGCGCAGCUGUGGGCGGCGUCCGGCGCGACGUGCCAGGAGGGGUCCGUCCCUGUGCGGAGAGUGAAGGAGGCGGACGUCCUCCGGGCCAGCUCCGUGAGGAGGUUCGGCAGGGUGCCCACGGCCAGGAUACGGCGCGACACCGUCGCCGGCGGCCACGAGCACGCGGUGGGGUACGUUGCCGGCGAGGAGUACUACGGCGCGCGGGCGAGCAUCAACGUGUGGGCGCCCAAGGUGAGCACCCCCUCUGAGUUCAGCCUGUCGCAGAUCUGGGUCAUCGCCGGCUCCUUCGGCAACGACCUCAACACCAUCGAAGCCGGAUGGCAGGUGAGCCCGCAGCUGUAUGGGGACAACUCGCCCAGGUUCUUCACUUACUGGACGACGGACGCGUACCAGACGACGGGGUGCUACAACCUGCUCUGUUCCGGCUUCGUGCAGACCAACAGCCGGAUCGCCAUGGGCGCGGCCAUCUCCCCAACCUCAGGCUACAAAGGAGGCCAAUUCGACAUCAGCCUGCUCAUCUGGAAAGACCCGAACCACGGCAACUGGUGGCUGGAGUUCGGGAACGGGGAGCUGGUGGGUUACUGGCCGUCGGUGCUCUUCAGCCACCUGGCGUCGCACGCCAGCAUGGUGCAGUUCGGGGGCGAGGUGGUGGACACCCGCGCCGAGGGAUCCCACACGGCCACGCAGAUGGGGAGCGGCCAUUUCCCCGGGGAAGGCUUCGGCCGCUCCUCCUACUUCAGGAACCUGGAGGUCGUGGACUGGGAUAAUAGCUUGAUCCCGCUCACCACGUUCCAUGUCACCGCUGAUCACCCGGCCUGCUAUGACAUCCAGGGCGGGGUCAAUGCCGUCUGGGGGAACUACUUCUACUACGGUGGACCGGGGAGGAACGUCAGGUGCGUCUAGCUCAGCUAAGCUAAAAGCCAGAGAAAUUGAUGGAUCGGUCAUCGAAGCCAAGGAGGAGGAUGAUACUGUCUCUUUUUUAUUCAAUUUUACUUUUCUUUUUCGGAAUUGAAGGAUGUAUCAGCGUUUGCUGGUCGAUCUUUUUUUUCAUAAUUUGUUUCUUUUCCAAAUUUAAAGGUCCAAUUCUCAAAAGGGAAUCCGUGUAAACUAGCUUAGCCAAGUGGAUCGAUCGUUGUAAAAGUGGUUCUCAACAAUGUAGGAAAGCCAGUCAAGUCAGUAGCAGUACAUACAUGCAUGCAUCAUCACUCGAUUCUUCUUCUUC